CGACGCCUGUGAAAGUCCACCAAAGGAUGACGAAAGUGUUAUCCCCUCCCAGUCACAUUGCCAACCAAUCAAUGAGCAGUAUUCUGAAGUUUCAAUCCAUUGGCUAGAUUCACGUAUUAGCUAGCUAGUUCUACAGCUAGCCUCGCCGAACAGGCAGGUUUUGCAGAUUUAUGUCUGUAAUGCUUCAUUGAAGGAACUCGAGUCUUAACUGUGGAUUCGUCUUAUAUUAUUAGAGCAUGUAAUCAGUGGAAACCAGCCUUUGUACAGAAACAGUGUGUGAAAAUCAACCUAUACAAGGAAAUACCAACUCGUAGCAAUCAAGGUGAUUCUUCAAGAUUCUGUUAGCCCGUUAGCCAUCUGAACGUCUGAUAGCUUGCUAACAUCGGUGGCUAGGGGCCGAACUUCGAUGAAAGCCUACUCGUUUUCAAGUUUGUUUGCGAGCGCAUCAAAAGUAUGACCAUUUAGUUUAUAACGACGUACACAUUACCGCCCGGACCUAUUGUAAGAUGGCAGCGAGCUGGCAGGACGCAGCGACUCAUCAGGCAGAGCAGUUGGCGGCCCGUUUGAAGGAGGUCCUGACGGCUGGCCUAGGAUAUCUCAACUCGGAACUCGGUGUGGAUUUGGGUCUGAAGCCUGAGCUGUAUUCGCCAUGGGUUAUCCUCUCAACGGCAUGCUUGGGAUUACUGGUGAUUGUGGUGGUUUGGGGUUUUCUUUGUCGAAGUAUAUUCAGGGGAAAGGCCAGGUCGACAAGAACUAUUCAGAGUACCACCGCAGAGCCUGUAAAACCAACUGUCAAGGCUGCCAAACCAGAAGAUCAGAAAAAGAAGAGCAAAAAGAAGCCAUCUGAAAAGAAACCUCAAUCAAAUGGUCGCCCUGCUGCUGUACCUGAAGCACAGCCAGAGGUGAAAGUGUCUGAAGACGUCCCUGCCGUCCCACAACCUACACCAGACAACAAGGCAAAGAACAAGAAGAAGAAGGCUAAACCUGCCAAUGUUCCCGAGACACAGCCCAUCGUCUCCUCUCCUGCCAAAGAGCCUGAAGUUCCUGAAGGAAACUGGGAAACCAAAGUCAGCAACCGUGAGAAGCGUCAGCAGAAACGUAAGGAGAAGGGCACCGGCGAUGGCUCCCCCAGCCCUGGAGGAGGAGGAGGUGGGGGCUUUGACCUCCCUGCCACCCUGGCCCCUGCCCUGGCUGCAGCACCAGCACCAGCACCAACCUCAGCCCCAGCGACACCCAAGCCUGUCAACCAGAAGAAGAGCAAAGGUGAGAGUCCUCGAGCUAAGCCGGCCAAAUCGGAGCCCGUGGUUCCUCAAGUUCCAGCAGCUGCCCUGUGGGAGGAGCCCCCAACUGUGAAUGGAGGGGAAUGGAGCACCGUUGGCCUGAAGAUCGCUCCUCAGAAGCAGGAAGUGAAACAGGAGAACUGGACCGCCCUGCCCCAGAAGCCUGUGCAGCCCACCGCGGAGGAGUCCGUGUGGGGGCGAGAGAUUGAAGGAUGGACUGUUGUUGACAGGGGAAUUCCAUCUGCCUUCCCAGUACCAGCUGUGCAGGCUCAGCCUUUGGAGGACCUUCAGUGGACCAACCAGCUGCCCCCAGACGACGAGUGGUCUGGACAGAAUGGCAAUGCGGACCCCGCGUCUGACUGGAACGCCCCUGAUGAGGUGUGGGGUAACUACGAGCAACCCGAGCCUGAAGCGCCUGCCCCCCCUCCAGAGCCCCCCGUCAGCGCCCCACUCACCCACACCACCGCUGAGGACGCACAGGGCUCUGAUCACGAGAAGGACAAAGCUGAUGCUGCAGCAGUAGCCGAGGGCGGCAAGAACAAGAAGAAGAAAAAGAAGAAGAAGAAGGCGGAGGAGCCGGAGGCAGCUGGACAGGAGGAGGCCAAGGAGGCUCCGGUAGAGGCUGCACCCAGCGCCCCACCAGCGCAGGCACCUGCUAAAGCUGCAAAGGCCCCCAAGAACGCCAAGCCUGCCAAGCCAUCCCCCGCUCCCGCUGAGGCCGAGGCACCCCGAGCUGCAGCGCAGGAGAAAGUCGUCCAGAAGAUUCCCUCCCAAGUGCCACAGGGGCCCGGUGACGCAAAAGCCACUGCCAAGCAGCCCGCCGCCCCUGCCCCUGCCCCUGACCAGGACAAGCCUGAGACCAAACCGGAGUCCCCCAAACAGGUGAAGAAGAAGAAGGCCAGGCGGGAAACAUGAGAAGAACGCAGAAGAACAUCGCUUUAUAUGCAAAAAAAAGUAAAUAAAAAGUGAGGAGAAUGAUAUAAAAACAAAAAAAACCCAUCAACAACUAAUUUUUAAGACCAGAGAGAUGAUGCAUAUGCAAUACUGAAGAGUGUACAGACUUUUGUACAAAAUGACUACUUUUUUAAAAUAAGACGUCAGUCACUAGUCUCAUCUUCUUUUUUGACUUAUUGUGUGAAUGAAUUAGAUGAUGCACUGUCCACUGUGGAAGAUCCCACGAGUGGACGCUCCAUGAAAUGAAAUGAAUUUUGUAUUUUGUCACCUUUUUUUGAUAUGUUUGUUUGAGUACAUUGAUGAGAUCUGGUAAUUGUGUCUUGUGUUAGUAGUCUUGGUGCAGGGAGGUUCAGGCCUGUAGUGCCCAGCGCCAGUCUGUAGCACUGUGUUACUGAUGCAGCUGUCCUUGACCUGAGUCGAAGCGCUUACUGCUAUCGCCAACAUGGCACCCCAAACAGCAGGUUAGAUUCAUAGCAAAUGGCUGUUCCUCUAAAUCAAUUUCAAACUGAAGUACUUCUCCGCUCUCUGUCACAGCAGGAGUUGAUUGGUGAUUACAGAAUCUUGGGACACUAAAUUGUUUUUGUUUUUUUGUUGUCUACUUUCGUUUGAAUCAUGAAUCAUCACUUCUUGCUUAAAUGCAUCAGGCAGUUUAGUAAAAUGUUGAUUUAAUAUAGUCUUUACUCAUCUACAAAACCUCUUCAGAUCAGAAUGCCAAGCCAUAUGUAAAAUGUAGUAAUAAAUAUGGACAGCUUUGUUACUGUUCCAAGACUGAGCUUUCAAAUGUGCUGUGUGUUAUAUGUCCGACAUAUCUGUAUUUUUGCGUACUCUCUGCUGUUUAUCUCUGUGUGAAAUAGCUGAUAUUUCUGACACAUAAUCUUUAAGAGUGAGGAAGUUUUCAAACCGCUUCAAACUGUUUUGAUGAUCCGUAUAGAAUCAGGAACAAAUUCUUAAUGCCUUAUAUUAUUAAUCAGAAUUGUAUAAAGCGGAAGUGAAGGAAAAGUAAAGCCUCUCGUUAGGUCCAAUGGAAUAACUGGUGUGACAACUAUGGGUUAAACUUUACUCAACGCCGGCGUCAUAUGUAGGACAUAACAGUGUCAUAAUACUGUCAAAACAUGACAGUCCUGAAUGAGUCAUAAACAUUAUGUCAAUGUCAUUAAUGUUUCAUGGUCAUGGAAAGUUGACAUUGUGAGGCCUGUCUUAAUCAUAACCAAAUGUCACUUAAUGACAAAGACAUAAUGUGUUCUUGAUAUUGACAUAAUGUUCAUGACACAUGCAUGACUGCAUUAUGACAAUGUUAUGACAAUGUUAUGACACUGUUAAGUCAUACGUAUGACACCGGCGUCAAGUAAAGUGUUAGCCAACUAUGUAAUGGCAUGUACUACUAGUACUUCAACUUUCUCUUCAUACACCUCUGCUGUAAUUAACCUGUAGUCUCUAGGUAGGAAAGCAAACAUGCCUAAUGUCAGCUAUUUCAUGUGCUGUAUGUGAUUGACUGCAGGGCAGGAAAACAUGAUAUUGAAGAGGGUGGGUACGGGUGUGAUGAGCAGAUAUUUUUCUUUGGGGAGUUUUUUUAAAUUUGUUUGUUUUUUUUGUCAUCAUAUUACUACAACCUUGUAGGCUGUGAUGCUGGUUGUUUUUUCUUUCUCUUUCUUUUUUUCUUUGUUUCUUUCUUCUGUUGUCUCCCUGUGUAUCUCAGGCUGUGCGAUCUGCAAUGUCAGGCAGCGUCUUGCACAGCACAGUAAGCUGACCUGUAUCCUCCUCUUCCUGCUAAUCAGCACUGCUGUGUUGUUGGUGGUGACGAGAGAACACAAGGUCUGUUACUAACCUGCCUUAUCUGCCCUAUCCCCCUUUACGGAUGUUGUUAGUGUUAUUUAUUUCUACCAAAUCACUAAAAAAAAAGUAAUUUUUGAUCUAAAAAUGCAAGAAAAUUGUUACAAUUCUUAGUUAAUUGUCAAAAUAAACUGUAAUUUGUAUCUGC